GGUGGCCGACCUAUUGCGGCCCUUUUUUCUUUUGGUGACCGCUUGAGUAGCAACCAGUCGAGUGGACUGGACGCGCAUUGUGAAGUCGUAGUCGUACCGGCAGCGACAUAACCCGCCAUCUUGUCGUUGAUCCCGCUUUAUGAUUCCCGCUAUUCUUAUAACCCCGCUAUUGUUGUACCCGCUAUUAUUAUAACCCCGCUGUUGUUGUAUCCGCUAUUGUUCUAACCCGCCAUUGUUGUACCUGCUACCGCUAUAACCCGCGUCAGGGCAUAACCCUAUUUCGCGCACCCCCUGCCGAGUGCUUUCUCCAGGAGCACCCCAGCCAUUACCUCCAAGCCAAGAUCACUCAGAACGCACAGCUCGGAAAGUCCAACUCAUCUCACUCUGACGGAAAUUAUAGUGUUAUUAAAAAAGGAAGUGGAAAAAUAAUUGUAAGCACCAACGAUUUAUAUGACGCCGUAAAAACGGCCCACCAAUCUACAGGUCAUGGAGGGUCACAUUGAAAGAGUUAAAUGAAAAGUUUGCCAACAUUUCUCAAGAAAUUGUGUCUCUCUUCAUUGAAGGGUGCGACAGUUGUCAAAUGAAGAGAAACAAAACCAGAAAAGGACUUGUAGUAAGACCUAUAACGUCCCAUACUUUUAAUUCUCGAUGUCAAGUCGACCUCAUAGAUCUACAGACACGUCCUGAUGGAUGUUACGAAUUUAUAUUUGUUUACCAAGACCAUUUAACGAAAUUUGUUCGCCUACGACCACUGAAAACAAAAACGGCCAAAGAAGUUGCUUACAAUUUAAUUGAUGUGUUCACAGAUUUAGGUAGUCAAUGUAUUUUACAAAGUGACAAUGGAAGAGAAUUUGCUAAUCAGAUUAUCGAAGAAUUGGUGACAAUGUGGCCUGAAUGUCACAUUGUUCAUGGUAAACCAAGACAUUCACAGUCACAAGGGUCAGUAGAACGGGCAAACCAGGAUAUAGAAAAUAAACUAGCCUCAUGGAUGAAAGACAAUAAUACGACCAAGUGGAGCGAGGGACUUCGGUUUAUUCAAUUUUCUAAAAAUCGAUGUUAUCACUCAGGCAUUGGACGAAGCCCUUAAGAAGCUUUAUUUGGAAUAUCUUGUAGAGACGGAUUAAAUAAGCUUCCUAUUUCUGCAGACAGGAUAAGAAAUUUAAGAACCGAAGAGGAUUUAGAGGCUUUAUUGAGUAAUACACAAACAAGUACAAUAGAAGAAGUUGAAAAAGAAACUGAGGCAGUAGUAGUAGAGAUAGAAGAAGUUGAAAAAGAAAUUGAAGCAGUAGUAGUAGAGGUCGAAGAAGUUGAAAGAACUGCUGAAGGAGAAAUGGUUGUCGAGAUGAUUACCUGUUAGUUCAUUUAAAUUACUAUUUUUUGUCAAAUAUAGGGAUGAAUAGCCAAAUUUUUAUUAGCAUUUAACCAUCUAUCUACAUGAUAUUUCUAAUAUACUUACAAUUAAAAUUUAAUACAUUUA